UUUUCUGUGGCAUUUAAGGUGGCCUAAGACAUGCAGUUGCCAGUAUAGCAGGUCUUGAAGCUUACAAGUACAUGAAAUUUGAAGGAGGAGUGCAUCGUGUUCAGCGGGUGCCAAAGACAGAAAAACAAGGACGCAUUCACACCAGCACAAUGACUGUUGCAAUAUUACCCCAACCCACUGAGAUGAAGCUGCAAAUUAAUCCGAAAGAUUUACGGAUAGAAACAAAGCGAGCUAGUGGAGCUGGAGGCCAGCACGUCAAUACCACAGACAGUGCAGUACGGAUAGUUCAUAUUCCAACAGGGAUCGUGUCUGAAUGUCAGCAAGAAAGAUCUCAAAUUAGAAACAAAGAGAAGGCUAUGCAAAUGCUAUGUGCUAAACUAUACAAUGCCAAACUGGAAGAAGAAACCAAAAAGAGAAACAGUGUUCGAAAGAUUCAGAUUGGGACUAAAGGAAGAUCAGAGAAGAUCAGAACAUACAACUUUCCGCAGGACCGGAUUACUGACCACAGGAUAAGCAGAUCAGUGCAUCAUAUUGAGUGUUUCAUGCUAGGGGAAGAAAUGCUAGAUGAAAUGAUACAAACUCUGAGACAAUAUGCUGAUUAUGAAUCUUUAAUGGAAAUUAUUUCAGAAAAUGAAAAAAAGAGUCUAUCCUGAAUGUUGCUUUUUGUCAGCCCAUUACAACAGAUGUAAGCAUUUGUCUGCAGAGGAGCUUCUUGGAACACCACCCAGAAAAUGCAACUGCUUUUUCGAUCACGAAAGACACCAAAACUUGUUUCUUCAUGACUGAUAAACAGUUUUCUUACUUGCUAAGUAAAA